GUUUGUGAUUGCAGUCACCACGUGCUACACGGUGAGUGUGUUUACUUCCAGGUUCGUUUAGGACAGCUGGAGGGUCUGUCAAAAAUCAGAACUUACGAAAAUUGUGAAUCAGUUCAGAAUUCUAUGCGACUUGUUGUUCAGAUUUAUUAUCGAAAGGAAAAAAUAUUCUCAGGUUCUGUAUAAAUGGUGUUUCUGAAAGGAUUUUGGAAAAGCUGCUUCUCUCUUCUUAACAUACACUUGUAGCAGGCUAAUCUGUGGAUGGACCAUCCAAAAUUACCACUUGUUAUAGAUUGUAUCGCUAAUUUGAAGUGUAUUCUGGUGUAUUUUAGUGACGGUCUUGUCAGUGACAUCGAUGAAAAAUUUGUGUGAGGAUUUUAGUAAACAUUCACUUUGAAUUUUGUUGGAAACUUUUCCAAUGGGAUGACUUAUGUCUUAUAAUGAUAAUUGUGGAGUAGUUGUUUAUUUCAAUUCUACUGAAUACUGACUUGUUGUUCGGGAAUGUUCAAAUUCAUGGACAGUCUGCCCAGGUGUGUAGAAAAACACUUGAUUUAGGAGGAUUCUUUAUGAAGAACUCAUUGGUAUCAAGUGCAGUUAGAGGAGAAUGUAUUCCUAAUAAUCACUGAAAACAAAAUAUUAUCAAAGGUUUUGUGCUUCUCUGGAUUGGUGAUCGAUUGUUCAUGUGGUCGGCUCAGGAUUUUAAGAAGAAGGGGCAUGUCAUAUCAUGAUGCAAGCUAGCUAUGAUUAUCAUGUUGGGCCUGGAAUGGUGGAGCCCUUCGUAUUUCACAAGGAAAAUGAUGUAAAAUCGGUGGAUCUUGCAUUAACCCUUGACUCUUUCAUGAGCUGUGGCCAUAUGGCCAAUGAGACAUUCCAUACCCCAAGCUUCGGGGAUGAAGACUUUGACAUCCCACCUCUAGGCGUGCCGCAGGAAUCAAGCGGUGGAUACGAGACGCAGCCUCUUUCCCAUCCUCCCGUCACGCAGCACGGCGCAUGCGAAAUCAUCCAGAACCAAUUCACGCAUCACCAGCACCAACAGUUUGUAGCACCAAAGUUCCCGCCUCAACAUAUCGACAUCCCGGACAUUUUAUCAACAAAUUCACAGGGAUUGUCCUUCACAACGUUGGGUAAAGCUCAUCUUGCAUCGGGCCUUGGGUUAAAUAUCGCACGAGGGAUGGAGCAGGGAUCGCCGUACGCUAUGGCAUUGGGAGCCAAUCAGAUGUCUCCGCCUCCGGAGAGUAGUAGUGAGGAUAGCGAUGACACAGUGCCAUUGGCUCAGCUGGCGACGGGGUUAAAGCGAGCAGCCGCACAGCAGGCAGCCCAGCAAGCUCAGGCACCGCCAACAAAAAAGAAACCAAAAACGCCAAAGAAGAAGAAGAAAAAGGAUCCUAAUGAGCCACAAAAGCCAGUAUCAGCAUAUGCCUUAUUUUUCCGAGACACACAAGCUGCCAUUAAAGGACAGAAUCCUAAUGCGAGUUUUGGUGAAGUUUCAAAGAUUGUAGCCUCAAUGUGGGACAGUUUGGAUCCAGAUACGAAAACGAGAUAUAAGAAGAAAACGGAAAUGGCUAAGAAAGAAUAUUUGAAACAAUUGGCUGCAUAUAGGGCAAGCUUGGUGUCAAAGCAAACGCCACUAGACGCUGUGAAAGAAUCGAGCAAGUCGCCACCAUAUUCGUAUCAGAUGUCGCCAAAAGAUUCCCCGACUAGCAUUCCCUCGCCGCUACAUUCGCACCCCGUCGCCACAAUGGCGCAACAGAUGACCAACUACCCGUCGCCAAUUUCACAAGCUCAGAAUAUGUCGCCGAUCGCCCCUCGUACACACCAGAUGGCUCCACCUAUGCAGUCAGUGCCACAAGUCCAUAGUCCGUUAAUGACUAACGAUAACGGUUAUUCACAGCCCAUGGUAAGAUACUACAAUAUGGCUAAUAUGCACCAGACGGGCAUGCACUCACCUCAGGAUUCGCCCUGCAACACGGGACUGUGUACACGUAACGGUUGUCGGAAUCUUGCUAUAGAUAAUCAAGGAUGGGACAAUGAAUACUGUAGUAAUGAAUGUGUGGUACAUCACUGUCGGGACGUGUUUACGGCGUGGGUAUCUGCACGACAAGCAACAAAUAGCUACGCGUCUGUCAAGUAAGGAACGCGCGUUAUCUUUAAAUGGAAUUCAACGUUUUACGAACAAUCGGUGCAUUUACAGAGAUUUCCAGCAAUUCAACGACGUAUAUCUACGUCUAUCAUGCCCAACCGUUCUGUGCCCAACGACUUAGAUCUAUGUCUAUUAUGCCCAAACGUUCUGUGUCCAAUGACGUAGAUCUAUGACUCCGAAAUAAAUCAGAACAUUUGCAAACCUGUAUGUGACCUGUACCAGGAAAACCAAGUGCAUGUGGCACAGAAGAUGAGUGUAAAUGACACUAGGAGAUGAUGAAAGAAAUUCAUAUACUCGAAUUUCACAAAAGGCAGACAACAAUGAAAUCAAGAACCAGUCAAUCUCAACCUGCCAAUCUCGGAGCAACAUGUGCCUGAAUUUCCUGUAAUGGGUCACAUAUUAUCAGUUUAAAAAAUGAUUGUUCUGAAAUGGACUGUUAUAAGAGAAUACAUUGUUUAAAAAUAUAUAGUGGAUAUGCCUUUAGGAUUGUGCCUAUCUUGUUCAAUAGCAUGUACUUCAUUGCCAGGGGCAUCAUAAAAUUUGUAAAAAUAAAAAAAUGUUUGACUUGAAAAAAAUCCUUCAUUCUGUUGUCGCUUAUCUUGAUCAGACUCCCACAUGAGUAGUAUGCAGACAAAUUAUCUGAAAUGUGACCCAUUAUACCAAAAUGGGUAUUCAGUUGCUUUUGGCCUUGUGGAGUUAUCCAGUUAUCCAAAUACCUUAGGGAUAGGGUAUAAGCUUUAGUUUGAUACCAGUCCCAUGUGUUGUGGAACCUGAGAACGAAGAUACAUGUAUCUGUAAAUACGUUCGUAGAAAAAGGAAGCUUUUCGAAGCUUUUUAACAACAUUUUCAUGAGAAAUCAAGGAUUUUAUGACAGAAAAUUAGCCAUUUUCCCUUUGGAGGACUUAAUAAAGGUAACUCUAAAAAGAUAGAUAAAGUUAGAUAAAACAUUUUAACCUGAUUGACUGACAGAAUACUGAGGUAUGAUGUUAGAUAUGAAGCUUAUUGUAGCAUGAUCUGGAAUUAUUUCAUACUGUCGGUGAUUACUCAAUACAGGCCUGGUGACUUACUACCUGAUUUGGUGUGAUGUGUCACAAAUAUCCAGUAUGUCGCAAUAUACACAUGACUUGGAAAGUAAGGUUGGAUGUAAAGGUCCGAUUGUGGUUGAAAUAUGUACAGAAUAUGAAUGUCCAAGGGUUAAUCAGGAUAAAUGCCACAAUCUGAUGCUGGAACCUGUUGAGGAGACAGUGGUUGUACAAAGAUGUUCUGUAUAUAGAUGUUAAAUAUACCAUGUUUAUCUUGUCGAUGAUGAAUCAUGUUACAUUGUACGUGUUUACAAGUUCGAUAUUGUCUGAGUGAAAAUUAUAUUGUACAUGGUAUCAAAAAUGUGUGCUUGACCUUGGAGAUAUCAUAGGAUUGACCAUGUAGGUCAGCUAAUGACCUUGGAGGUCAACUAAUGUUCUUGGGACUGGUUAGGAAGUAAAACUGGUUUGUUGGGGAAAGUUUUUUAAAGUUUUGGGUCCAUUUAUAUCCCAGUGCUAGGACUUUUGUCAUAGAGGAGGCACUUAUUGAAAAGGAGCAAAUUCUCCAUUGUUUAGCUUUGAUGAAGUAAAAAAAGCUAGUAUUCCCUCCAAAUACUCAGAUAUAUUAGCAGAUUCAAAUCGUGGACCCAAGUGAAUCGUCAUUGGUGUGACAUAGGGCCUACUUUGAAGUCGGCAAUGAAAUGAAAAAAGUGCCCUUGGUUGUUGAAGGUUGAAAAUGUUUUAUUUCGUGUCUUGUUAGUCAAUUCUGUUCCGUUGAAAUUCUGUUGUUCCCUGAUACUCGACGUGCUAACAAAUGUUUAUGGAAACGUGUCUAGUGAUCAGUUUUUGUCCAAUCAUUGCACUUGAUACCGUAAAUUUGUUGAGAUCAGUUAUGUGGACAUAAAAACACUAUAUAUAACCCUUUCGCGGCCGUGCCGGGUAUUUACUGGCCUGCAAAGAUGCGUAUUGCCAAAUGUUCGCUCUUCUCUAUCAUUCAGUACAGUUCCUUUAGGUUUGAGGUUGGUUACACGUAAAACACAAGAUGACAAUGCUAAUCUAUUCAAUGAAGACCUCGUCCCUAAGAUUUGGUUUCACCAACUAUUAUACACCUUUCCAGAAAUGGGGCGCUGAGUGUCCGAAAUAGUGAUGUCAUAAGGGGAAACUAGGCCUUAUGGUGGAGGGACAAAGGAGAUAGUCAUGGUUGACCAACACACUUGAAUGCCUUUGACGACAGACAAGGGGGAAAAAGAUAGUUCCAAUGCAAGCCACCAAGCAUGUAUAGAAUGAAAUUUUUCCUUAGCCAAGUUGGGAGCCAGGCCGCCUGAUAUAUCCCAGGUGCAAGCUAGGGGGUUGCGGUUGGAAAGGGUGAAAGGAAAACAGUGGUGAUGUACGAUGCAAUUUCUAGGGACAAGAUAUUUCCCAUUUUUGCUGCUUUGUAUUUUUUGGUUGAAACAAUUUUGGGUUUAAAGCAAAACCAGGUGCAUGUUGUACAAAAGAUGAGCUUAAAUGACACCAAGGAGGUGAUGGAAGAAUUUGAUGUACUCUUUACUUCACAUUGGCAGAUAACAGUGAAAUAAAAAACCAGUCCGUCUCAACCUACUAAGCUUAGAGCAAAAUGUGUUUGUACUGGUUUUGAUCUGAAGGGUCACAAACGAGUGGUCUUGCGUACAUUCGAGCAUUGUAAUUUCCGAGGAGCGUUACUGGGGACGGAAAAAUGAAGUCGAGUUACUUGAUGAAACCAACAGUCACCACCAAGUAUACAGGACCAAUGGUGCAACUUGUACAGCCCCAAAAAAGGUACCCCUGUGGUCACUGCUCUUGAUAGCUUUCAAGUUCGAAUGUUCACCACCACAUCCAAUGUACUGUAUUUAUUUUCUGUCUAUAUAGAUGAAUAAAAACAAAAUAACUUCCAUUCA